ACAACAAGGCUACGUGUCCCUUUGAAACGGCAUCAUGGCACAACAUGUGAUGAUGUAGCACAGCGAGCACCCUCAUCACAAAAACAAACACCUCGUGAUGUCAGGCCUUCAUUCGUGGCAUCCUGACCCGCUCAACACAUUGCAGAUGCCACACUGAGCCCGAGAGUAACCCUUGCUGAGGAGCAGCGAGCCUACAAUGGAGGAGAACAUCGCCUCCUACCUGAAGUUUCUGGAGGGGAACUACAGGAAGAUGUUGAUUGAAAACUCUGAGCUUUCCAACACCAUGAGGGCCAACGAGAAGACACAGGCCGAGUUGCGCAAGAGCAACGUGGAGCUGGACAAGUUCAAAGUGGAGCUGCGCACCGUCAACGUGGAGCUGGACCAUGUCCAGGUGGAGCUGUGCAAGACCAACCGAGAGCUGGACCACCUCAAAAUGGCCACGCAGAUGUCCCACAAGGAGGCGCGCUGGAGACGGGAGAAGGAGGAGCUGCUCCGAGGCAAGGAAUCGCUGCACGACAACACCGACCACAGGGAGAGACCACAUCUGGACUGCUUUGUCGUAACUGCCGACUUGACGGAAAAGAACAACAUGGAGGAGAACCAGCAAGGAAUGGAUUGUCCUGAAAAGUCAGGGACUGACCAAAAGACGAAGGAGGAGAAACAGAGGGAAGGAGAGACACACAGCGAUCAGGAGAAGGUCAAUCACGACCACAAAGACCAGGAGAAUGGCCAGAGGGAGGAGGAAGAGAAAAAGAGGGCGAAGGAUGAGAACAAGUGGGAUAGUGACCAGGAGGUGGCGGAGAAGAUGGCGAAGAAGCAAAAUAAUGGCAGGGAGGGAGAGGAGGAGGAGCAAGGUAUUGAUCAGGAGAAGAUGGCGGAGGAGAAGGAGCCAGCGACGGACAAGAAAAUGGGGAGGGAGAAGGAGCAGGAAAGUGACAAGGCGGAGAAGAUGGAGAUGGAGCAAGGGAGAGCAAAUGGCAAAAAGGAGGAGGGGAAGGUGGAGAGGGAGGAGGAAGAGGAGCGUCCACGGGAGAAGGUGGAGAUGGAGAAGGAGCAAGAGAGUGACGAGAAGAUGGAGAGGGAGCAAGAGAGGGAUGAGAAGAUGGAGAGGUGGAAGGCGCAAGAGAGUGACGAGAAGAUGGAGAGGGAGCAAGAGAGGGAUGAGAAGAUGGAGAGGAAGAAGGAGCAAGAGAGUGACGAGAAGAUGGAGAGGAAGAAGGAGCAAGAGAUUGAUGAGAAGAUGGAGAGGGAGCAAGAGAGGGAUGAGAAAAUGGAGAGGUGGAAGGCGCAAAAGAGUGACGAGAAGAUGGAGAGGAAGAAGGAACACAAGAGUGACGAGAAGAUGGAGAGGUGGACGGAGCAAGAGAGUGACGAGAAGAUGGAGAAGUCGAAGGAGCAAGAGAGUGACAAGAAAAUGGAGAGGAAAAAGGAACACGAGAGUGACGAGAAAAUGGAGAGGAAGAAGGCGCAAAAGAGUGAUGAGAAGCUGGAGAGGGAGCAAGAGAAGGAUGAGAAAAUGGAGAGGUGGAAGGCGCAAAAGAGUGACGAGGAGAUGGAAAGUAAGAAGGAACACGAGAGUGACGAGAAGAUGGAGAGGUGGACGGAGCAAAAGAGUGACGAGAAGAUGGAGAAGUCGAAGGAGCAAGAGAGUGACAAGAAAAUGGAGAGGAAAAAGGAACACGAGAGUGACGAGAAAAUGGAGAAGAAGAAGGCGCAAAUGAGUGACGAGAAAAUGGAGAGGAGGAAGGAGCACGAGAGUGACGAGAAAAUGGAGAGGAAGAAGGAACACAAGAGUGACGAGAAAAUGGAGAGGAAGAAGGAACGCGAGAGUGUUGAGAAAAUGGAGAGGAAGAAAGAGCACGAGAGUGAUGAGAAAAUGGAGAGGAAGAAGGAACACAAGAGUGACGAGAAAAUGGAGAGGAAGAAGGAACACGAGAGUGAUGAGAAAAUGGAGAGGAAGAAAGAGCACGAGAGUGACGAGAAAAUGGAGAGGAAGAAGGCGCAAAAGAGUGACAAGAAAAUGGAGAGGAAGAAGGAACACGAGAGUGACAAAAAAAUGGAGAGGAGGAAGGAACACGAGAGUGACGAGACAAUGGAGAGAAAGAAGAAACAGGAUAGUGACGAGAAAAUGGAGAGGAAGAAGGAACACGAGAGUGAUGAGAAGAUGGAGAGGAAGAAGGAGCAAGAGAGUGACGAGAAGUUGGAGAGGAAGAAGGAGCAAGAGAGUGACGAGAAGAUGGAAAGGAAUAAGGAGCAAGAGAGUGACGAGAAAAUGGAGAGGAAGAAGGAGAAAGAGACUGAUGAGAAGAUGGAGAGGAAGAAGGAACACGAGAGUGAUGAGAAGAUGGAGAGGAUGAAGGAGAAAGAGACUGAUGAGAAGAUGGAGAGGAAGAAGGAGCAAGAGAGUGACGAGAAGAUGGAGAGGAAGAAGGAGCAAGAGAGUGACGAGAAGAUGGAGAGAAAGAAAGAGCAAGAGACUGACGAGAAGAUGGAGAGGAAGAAGGAGCAAGAGAGUGACGAGAAGAUGAAGAGGAAGAAGGAGCAAGAGAGUGACGAGAAGAUGGAGAGGAAGAAGGAACACGAGAGUGACGAGAAAAUGGAGAGAAAGAAGGAACACGACAGUGACGAGAAAAUGGAGAGGAAGAAGGCGCAAAAGAGUGAUGAGAAGAUGGAGAGGAAGAAGGAGCAAGAGAGUGACGAGAAACUGGAGAGGAAGAAGGAACACGAGAGUGACGAGAAGAUGGAAAGAAAGAAGGAACACGACAGUGACGAGAAAAUGGAGAGGAAGAAGGCGCAAAAGAGUGAUGAGAAGAUGGAGAGAAAGAAAGAAGACAAGAGUGACGAGAAACUGGAGAGGAAGAAGGAACACCAGAGUGACGAGAAGAUGGAAAGGGAGAAGGAGCAAGAGAGUGACGAGAAGAUGGAGAGGGAGAAGGAGCAAGAAAAUGGACAAAAAAAGAAAGAGGGGAAGAAGGAGAAAGAGGAGGAUCUCCUCAGGGAGGAGAAAGGGAGCAAAGAGGAGGCAAAAAGCGAUCAGAAGGAAGACAAAGAGGAGAAGAACAACAAGGAGAAGGAAAAUGUCCAAAAGGAGAAGAAAGACACAAUGUUAUGGAAGGAGGAGGAGAAAAAAGGCCUAAAGAACGAGGAGAGCCAGACGGCUUCAACAAGUUAUGAGAGGAAAGAGGAGGAGUACAGACUGGAGGAGAAGUGGAAGGAGAGAAGAAUGGCACUGAUGGGGGAGUGGAGGGAGAGGGAGAGGAAGGAGCAGGAGAAGAAGAAGGAGAAAGACAAGAAGUUAAGGGAGGAAUGGGAAGAGCGGGAGAAGAGAGAGGAGGAGAGGAGGCGAGAGAGGGAGAGGAGAAUUAGGGCAGAGUGGAGGGCGAGGGAGAGGAGGGAGAUGGAGAGGAAGAGAGAGAGGGACAGACUCAAAGCCGAGUUGAAGGAGAGAGACAAGAAGGAGGAGGAGCAGAGGAAGAGAGACAAGGAGGAGACCAAGGACAAGGACAAGAGAGACGGGAUGGAGAGCAGCGGGGAGGAGGAGUACAGGGAGAAGAGGGAGCAGGAGAAACUGAAGGCGGAGUGGAGAGAGCGGGAGAAGAAGGAGGAGGAGAAGAGGAAGGACAGGGACAGGAAACGCAAGGCAGAGUGGGAGGAGGUGCAGAGGAGAGACAAGGAGAAGAGGAAGGAGAGGGAGAAGAAGAGGGGAGACAAAAAAGAGAGCUCCUUCUCCCAAAAGCUGAUGAGUCUCAUGUGCUGCGGAGGACGCAAUUGAAGAGAGGAUUCUUUUUGUCUUCCACCAAGUCUGCAGCAGCAUCUUGGAUCUGAUUCUUUUUGUCCUCAACCAAGUCUGCAGCAACAUCUUGGAUCUGAUUCUUUUUGUCUUCAACCAAGUCUGCAGCAACAUCUUGGAUCUGAUUCUUUUUGUCCUCAACCAAGUCUGCAGCAACAUCUUGGAUCUGAUUCUUUUUGUCCUCAAACAAGUCUGCAGCAACAUCUUGGAUCUGAUUCUUUUUGUCCUCAACCAAGUCUGCAGCAACACCUUGGAUCUGAUUCUUUUUGUCCUCAACCAAGUCUGCAGCAACAUCUUGGAUCUGAUUCUUUUUGUCUUCAACCAAGUCUGCAGCAACAUCUUGGAUCUGAUUCUUUUUGUCCUCAACCAAGUCUGCAGCAACAUCUUGGAUCUGAUUCUUUUUGACUUCCACCAAGUCUGCAGCAACAUCUUGGAUCUGAUUCUUUUUGACUUCCACCAAGUCUGCAGCAACAUCUUGGAUCUGAUUCUUUUUGUCUUCAACCAAGUCUGCAGCAACAUCUUGGAUCUGAUUCUUUUUGUCCUCCACCAAGUCUGCAGCAACAUCUUGGAUCUGAUUCUUUUUGUCCUCAACCAAGUCUGCAGCAACAUCUUGGAUCUGACAGCAAGAUGCAGCCUCUCUUUCAUCAACGGGGGCGAAGCUUCGUUCCCCGGGUCACUGUCCGCUGGAGAUGGCAUGUCCACGGGUCAGCUUCCAACAUGGACCGCUUAUUAAAUCUCCGCUUGACGACCGACGGCGACGGCGGGAAAUGUUUCUUCAUAAAAGGCUGAAAGGCUCGCCGACACGAGGACUCCCCGUUGACCACUCCACUUGCAGACAUUAAAGACAUUUUAAUGAGACAAUGUUUGUGUCCUUGACUCGUAUUAAAGUCAACAUGAGAAACUCGCACAUCAUACACCCAACAGACACUUGAUUAGGCACACCUGAGUAGGGAUGGAGACCAGAACUAACAGUACUCGUCGGUCCCGUUUUUCUCCUACUUUUCGUGUGUGUGUACGUGUGUUAAUAAAUGUUGAUUUGCUCAACAAUAAAA